AUGACAACUAUGGAUCUGAGGCACAAAGAAAUACUCAGGAAACACCGGCUGGACCUGUCCAACCAAAUUUUAAUUGAUGACACCAUAGUUCAAUUCCUGUACCAGGAGAACAUUUUAAAGAGCCAGGUGGACGAGAUUCAGUCCCAAAAAAGCAACAAAAAGAAGACGUUGAGACUGCUGGAUAUCCUUCCCACCCGAGGUCCGCGGGCGUUGGGUACAUUUCUGAAUUCCCUGGAGGAAGAGUUUACUUGGGUGAGAGACAAGUUACUCCAGGAUUUGGAGCAACCCAAUGCACCUGGGCAAAGUCCAACAGAUGAGUGGAACAUUCCAGAGGUGACGCUCCAAGCAGUCCCGUCCGACAGACGGUUGUCCUGGCUGGCAUCCCGUAUCGGUUCGAAGUGGGAGUCGAUUCUCCUCGACUUGGGCCUCUCCACGGGGGCGCUGUACCGUUGCCGUGCCGACCACCCUCUGAGCUUGCACGGGCAGGUGCUAGCAGGGCUGAUCCAGUGGAGGCAGAGCAAGGGGAGGAACGCUACAGUCCACAGGCUUCUCCAGAGCCUGCAGUCCACUGACAUCCACCCCUCUACCCUGGACGAGGUGUUCCAGUGAGGGGAG